UCCCAGCCAGAGUUGAAAGUGUUGCUCUCUGUUAUUCAUAUUAUUUCCCGUAUAAAUCAGGUCUGGGUGGUUUUGCAGCGUGCAUGCUGCAGCACUGGAGCAUCCAUCCUUUGAGGAAAGAUAGAAGUCGGAACCUGAAGAGCCCUCUCCACCCAUCUCCAAGCAUCUCCAAACAGUAUGGAAACGGGAUCUUAAAAAAAAAAAAAAAACAGAAAAUCAGAGGUGUCGACUGGGCUCGCCUGCAACAGCACAGUAACACAGCAGGAGACGUGUGUGCUUGCUUUUCUUCUGUCUGACACCAGGUUAAGCUUGAGAGAAAUGAACCCCAAGCGCAUCUUUGUGAAAGCAUCGUGCAGCAUGCGAAGAUAAACUUCAGACGCAUCUGUACCGCAUCUGUACACUCUUGCUCUUUUUUUUUUCUUUCUUUUUUUUUUUUUUUUUGGUGUAUGGAUGUAAGAGAAGAGAUGCGCACAGCAGUGUUUUGGGCGGAAUAAUACCAGGGCCUUUUCCUCCCUCGUCUCUCCUGACUGAUGCUUGCUGAAUGGGCUGCUCUGUCGGAUGCUGUACCUCAUCCUGAUGCAACCUCGUGGCUGGGACUACACCGCGCGUUGUGAUGCUCCUGCUGCAUGCCCAGUCUGAUACCGAGUCUCAUUCCUGCGGUCAGACCUGUGCGUUUCUAGAAUGGCCCGUUUCGAAGAUGACCUGCCGGUCCGGUAUGGAGGCGGCUCUCCGUCGGGUGCGGGCCGAGGGCCGAGCCGGCAGCAGGGUCCCCCGGGCGCCCACAGGAUCUAUAAACAGACCAUGGCCCAGCGAGCCCGCACCAUGGCCAUCUACAACCCCAUCCCUGUCAAGCAGAACUGCCUCACCGUCAACCGCUCUCUCUUCAUCUUCAGCGAGGAUAACGUGAUUCGGAAGUACGCAAAGAGAGUCACUGAGUGGCCUCCAUUUGAGUACAUGAUCCUCGCCACCAUCAUUGCCAACUGCAUUGUCUUGGCCUUGGAGCAGCAUUUACCUGCGGAUGAUAAAACCCCAAUGUCCGAGCGACUGGAUGACACAGAGCCCUACUUCAUUGGCAUAUUUUGCUUUGAGGCUGGGAUUAAGAUCAUUGCACUUGGCUUUGCUUUUCAUAAAGGCUCCUACCUCCGUAACGGCUGGAAUGUAAUGGAUUUCGUCGUUGUGCUGACGGGGAUUCUGACUACCGUUGGGACAGAUUUUGACUUGCGGACGCUCAGGGCAGUGCGAGUCCUUCGGCCGCUUAAGCUGGUGUCUGGAAUUCCCAGUCUUCAGGUGGUUCUGAAGUCCAUCAUGAAAGCCAUGGUGCCUCUGCUGCAGAUCGGCCUGCUGCUCUUCUUUGCUAUCCUCAUGUUUGCCAUCAUUGGUCUGGACUUCUACAUGGGCAAGUUCCACCGUGCCUGCUUCAGAGACGACACUAAUGAGCAGGUGGCUGAGUUCCCCUGUGGCCUGGAUCCUCCAGCACGCCUCUGCGAGAAUGGCACCACCUGUCGGGAGUACUGGCCUGGCCCUAACUUUGGCAUCACCAACUUUGACAACAUCCUGUUCGCCGUGCUCACUGUCUUCCAGUGCAUUACCAUGGAGGGCUGGGUGGAAAUCCUUUACAAUGCCAACGAUGCCUCAGGGAACACCUGGAACUGGCUGUACUUCAUCCCCCUCAUCAUCAUCGGCGCCUUCUUCAUGCUCAACCUGGUUCUGGGAGUGCUGUCAGGGGAGUUCGCUAAGGAGCGGGAGCGUGUGGAAAAGAGGCAGGAGUUCCUAAAGCUGCGCAGACAGCAGCAGAUUGAGCGUGAGCUCACCGGCUACCUGGAGUGGAUCUGCAAAGCAGAGGAAGUCAUGCUUGCUGAGGAGGACAAGAAUGCAGAGGAGAAGUCUCCACUGGAUGGUGCCUGGUACAAGAGGAAAUGCAACAACCCAGUUCUGAAAAGAUCCAAGAAGAGCAAGAAUGACCUCAUCAAUGCAGAAGAAGGGGAGGAUCAUUUCACGGAUAUCUCAUCAGUCGCACCCCAGGGCUCCCCCUUUGCUCGGGCCAGUGUGAAGAGCAGCAAGAACGAGAGCUCCUCAUAUUUGCGCAGGAAAGAAAAGCGAGUGCGCUUCUUCAUCCGGCGCAUGGUGAAGUCUCAGGGCUUCUACUGGACUGUGCUGUGCCUGGUGGGCCUGAACACGCUGUGUGUGGCUAUAGUGCACUACGACCAGCCCAAGUGGCUCACCGACGCUCUCUAUCUGGCAGAGUUUGUGUUCUUGGGCCUGUUCUUGAUUGAGAUGAGUCUGAAGAUGUACGGUCUCGGCCCCCUGAACUACUUCCACUCUUCCUUCAACUGUUUUGACUUUGGCGUGAUUGUAUGGAGUAUUUUCGAGGUGAUAUGGGCGGCAGUUAAACCCGGGGCAUCUUUCGGCAUCAGCGUGUUACGAGCUCUGCGGCUGCUGAGGAUCUUCAAGGUUACAAAGUAUUGGAACUCUUUGAGGAACCUGGUGGUGUCUCUGCUCAACUCUAUGAAGUCCAUCAUCAGCCUGUUGUUCCUCCUGUUUCUCUUCAUUGUGGUGUUCGCUCUGCUCGGAAUGCAACUUUUUGGGGGACAGUUUAAUUUUGAAGACGAGACCCCGACAACGAACUUUGACACCUUCCCAGCAGCAAUUCUGACGGUGUUCCAGAUUCUGACAGGAGAGGACUGGAAUGCAGUGAUGUAUCAUGGGAUCGAAUCUCAGGGAGGAGUGGGCAGUGGCAUGUUCUCCUCCGUCUACUUCAUCGUCCUGACACUGUUUGGAAACUACACUCUUCUUAACGUCUUCCUGGCUAUUGCUGUCGACAACCUUGCCAACGCACAGGAGCUCACUAAGGAUGAGGAGGAACAGGAGGAGGCCAUCAGUAAGAAGCUGGCCCUCCAGAAGGCUAAAGAGGUGAAGGAAGUCAGCCCCAUGUCAGCUGCUAGCAUCUCUCUCGCAGCGAAUUAUGUCUGCUCCCCUGCCCAUCACUACUUGAGCCAAGAGCAGCGGCGCUCGCUGAAGAUGAUGUCCGUAUGGGAGCAGCGCACCUCACAGAUCCGUAAGCACAUGCGAGCCAGCAGUGAGGCCCUGUACCAUGAGGAACUCAACCCUCGCCUGACCUCCACCCAGCACCUACGGCCCGACAUCACCACCCACCUGGACCGGCCACUGGUGGUGGAGCCACGAUGUGACUGGGACAAGCCCAGGGACUUGAGAGUUGAAGCAGGCACACCUGAGGACCCUAACCCACAGGUACCCCCUGACCCCCUUGCCAUGGACCCUCCUCAAUCCCAGCCCCCACGUAAACACCAUCAUCGGAGACGUGACCGAACUUCCAAUGAAGCCCAAGAAAAUGGUGAAACUGGAACCUCACGUCACCAUGUGCACCACAGCCGCAGCAAGGACACUGAGGGCACACGGGCCAAAGAUGGCAAGAGUGAGCGCAGCCACAGCCGUGAUGCUAGAGGAGAACACAGACAUCACCGUUCACAUAGAGCAGAACGCGAGGGCAAUGGUGUUGCCGGCGCCAAGAGUGAGAGACGAUCGCACCACAGAGAAGGCUCACGCUCGGCCAGGGGAGACGGAGAGAGGAGCUCACGUGGGGAGGAAGGGGGCAACGGGGGCAGGAGAAGGCACCGACAACGGACUGGAAAAGUGCAGUCUGCACUAGAGGGCGGGGAGCAGAGGGAGAAUGGAGAGAGAGAAGAGGGCAAGCCUCCAGGACACAGACAAACCGAAAUGGGUGGAGAUAUGCUUCCUGCAACUUCUCAGCAGCUUGCGGUGGGGAAGCGGUGGGGUCUGGAGAAACCGGAGGACUCGGACAACCAGCGAAAUGUCAGCCGCACAGGAGGCCUGGGGGUCCACAUCCCCGUCACCAUCACCUCUCCACCCGGAGAGACCACUCUCAUAGCCAUGAACAGUAUAGACAGCGAGACGGUGCCCAUGACUGAGAAGAACUUGGAGGAGGUGAACCAGAGCUGUCCGCGCCCUAUCCUUCCUUACAGCUCCAUGUUUAUCUUCAGCCCAAAUAACCCGGUGAGGCGUUUGUGCCACUACAUAGUCAGUCUGCGUUACUUUGAGAUGUGUAUCCUGAUGGUUAUUGCCAUGAGCAGCAUUGCACUGGCUGCAGAAGACCCGGUUAAUGCCAACGCUCUGCGGAACUACGUGCUGAAGUAUUUGGACUAUGUCUUCACCGGUGUAUUCACAUUUGAGAUGGUAAUUAAGAUGGUGGAUUUGGGCUUGCUGUUGCAUCCAGGCUCCUAUUUCAGAGACUUGUGGAAUAUUCUGGACUUCAUUGUGGUCAGUGGAGCUCUGGUGGCAUUCGCUUUCUCAGGGACCAAAGGGAAAGACAUCAGCACCAUCAAGUCCCUCAGGGUGCUACGAGUCCUGCGGCCUCUGAAGACCAUCAAACGCUUACCAAAACUGAAGGCCGUGUUCGACUGUGUGGUGAACUCCCUGAAGAAUGUGCUGAAUAUCCUCAUCGUCUACAUCCUCUUCAUGUUUAUCUUCGCUGUCAUUGCCGUGCAGCUCUUCAAGGGCAAGUUCUUCUACUGCACGGACGAGUCCAAAAGCCUGGAGAGGGACUGCAGGGGGCAGUUUCUGGAGUACGAUAAGAAUGAGGUCUCAGCCCAGCCCAGGGAGUGGAAGAAAUACGACUUUCACUAUGAUAACGUGCUGUGGGCCUUUCUUACACUCUUCACUGUGUCCACAGGGGAGGGCUGGCCUACGGUUCUAAAGCACUCCGUGGAUGCCACCUUUGAGGACCAGGGUCCCAGCCCUGGCUACCGCAUCGAGAUGUCCUUGUUCUACGUGGCCUACUUUGUUGUCUUCCCCUUCUUUUUCGUCAACAUCUUCGUGGCCUUGAUUAUUAUCACGUUCCAGGAGCAGGGGGACAAAGCCUUGUCUGAGUGUAGUCUGGAGAAAAAUGAGAGAGCCUGUAUCGACUUUGCCAUCAAUGCCAAACCGCUGACACGCUACAUGCCCCAGAACCAGCAGUCUUUCCAAUACCGGAUGUGGAAGUUUGUCGUUUCUCCACCUUUCGAGUACUCUAUCAUGAUCAUGAUCGCCCUCAACACUGUGGUCCUCAUGAUGAAGUACUACGAUGCUCCAGCCGCCUAUGAAGCAAUGCUGAAGUAUCUCAACAUCGUCUUUACUGCCCUUUUUUCACUGGAGUGUAUUCUGAAGAUCAUUGCUUUUGGCCCUUUGAACUACCUGAAAGAUGCGUGGAAUGUGUUUGACUUUGUGACAGUGCUGGGGAGUAUUACGGAUAUCCUGGUCACUGAGAUUAAUGACCGUCUGUUAAACCUGAGCUUCCUAAGGCUGUUCCGAGCGGCCCGUCUCAUCAAGCUCCUCCGGCAGGGUUACACCAUCCGCAUCCUGCUUUGGACAUUUGUGCAGUCGUUCAAGGCUCUGCCUUAUGUCUGCCUUCUGAUCGGAAUGCUGUUCUUCAUUUAUGCCAUUAUAGGAAUGCAGGUCUUUGGAAACAUUGACCUGAACGAGGACACGGCCAUCAACCACCACAACAACUUCCGCACUUUCCUGCAAGCUCUCAUGCUGCUCUUCAGGAGUGCUACAGGAGAGGCCUGGCAUGAGAUCAUGCUGUCGUGUCUGAGUCACCGUGCAUGUGAUGUGAACUCCGGCACGCCAGGAAAUGAGUGCGGCAGCGACUUUGCCUACUUUUACUUUGUCUCCUUCAUCUUCCUUUGCUCUUUCCUGAUGCUGAAUCUGUUUGUGGCUGUGAUCAUGGAUAAUUUCGAGUACCUGACCCGAGACUCCUCCAUCUUGGGUCCCCACCACCUGGAUGAGUUCAUCCGCGUGUGGGCUGAGUACGACCCGGCUGCAUGUGGCCGUAUCAAGUACCGCGAUAUGUAUGAGAUGCUGCUCCACAUGUGCCCACCUUUAGGUUUGGGAAAGAAAUGUCCGCCACGAAUCGCCUACAAGCGUUUGGUGAAGAUGAACAUGCCUAUCGCCGAUGACAACACGGUCCACUUCACUUCCACGCUCAUGGCUCUAAUCCGCACCGCGCUGGAGAUCAAACUGGCCUCAGGAAUCGUGGCCCAGCGUCUGUGUGAUGCAGAGCUAAAGAAAGAGCUGGCGACCGUCUGGCCGAACCUGUCUCAGAAGACCAUGGAUCUUCUGGUGACGCCCCACAAACCUAACGAGCUGACGGUUGGGAAGGUGUACGCUGCUCUCAUGAUCUUUGACUACUACAAACAGAACCGAGCCAAGAAAAUACAAAUGCAGCAGCAGCAGUCCAAAGAUCAGCCAGGACCACAGAACAAUGUGGGUGCUCUUCUGGAGCCCAUUCUGAGCCCUAUGCAGGAGAAGAGCAGGAGCAUGAUGGACUAUCCAUCAGAUAUCCAGCCUCCCAUCAGACCCAGCUCUGCCACACUGAACAACGGACACACACCCCAUGACAACGCCAUUAAAGGCUCCUCGUCUUGGGCUUCAGAGAAAACCAAAGAGGUCCAGAGGUCAAAGAAACGACCCAUCCUGAGGGGCCAGUCUGAAGACAUCUCAAACACAAACACUGCCCAGGUGUCAGUAGAGAUGAGAAAAAUGGAGAACAGUGCCAACACAGUAGCUCCUGCUGGUUUAGAGGGUCAAGGACGAGCAGUAUCCAUGCCCAAACUCAAUGCAGAGAUGCAGAGAAGUCAUUCACGUCACUCUCCAGGAACCUUACUUGCACCGAUUCCUGACUCCCCCCUGAGGCGCUCGGUGUCCACGUUUGCCCCGCAGCGUCCUCCGGAGGUUAUUGCGAACGACUAUGUUCUGGAGAAGCCUGCACAAGAGCGACUGCAUCACCAUCAUCAUCACCGCUGCCAUCACCGGAGAGACAGAGAGAAGAAGCAGAGGUCGCUGGAUAGGUCACCCGGUGGACAGCCUAAUAGCACGGCUGCCACGGCAGCUGACUCUGCGGGGAACUCCUCAUUUCGGGAGAGGGGGCACGACCGAGGCCGUUCCCAUGAAAGGAAACACCAUUCAUCAACAGCGGAGAAGCAACGUUACUACUCAUGCGAUCGCUACGGCAGCCGCGAGCACUUUCCCGCUAAACCUGCGCCAGCCAGCUGUGCCACCUCGCCCGGAGAGGCUCAGGAGACCACCUUCACCAAGCAGGGCAGUGGUUGGGCUAAAGGGAGCCCGGUGUUGUUGAGUUCGGGCUCGAGCACGCCCAGCCGCGGGCGCAGGCAGCUGCCCCAGACGCCCCUGACCCCUCGCCCAGCGGUGACCUACAGGACUGCCAACUCCUCCCCCGUGUCCUCUGUGGGCGCCCAGACCACCCUCCCUCCCCCGAGUCCCGUAAUGCGCAUCAGCUCCGAGCCGUACCUCCGGCCCCAGACGACACUGCUGAGCCCACAGCAGAUCGUGACCCUCCCGCCACUGUCCCAGCAUUCCCUGCUCGGGAUGCCCAACGGGUACCACUACAUCAUGGGUGUGACCGCGGGGCCUGGCGGCAGCAGCGACAACAUCCAGCGCUACUACCCUGAAGCAGAGGAGGAAGAAUGGUGCUAGUACGGCUUUAACAGAAACACAUACACACACUCAGAUGUACACACAGAUCUGCUGACGAUUCUCAGUGUGUUUUUCUUUUACUUGUAAAAUUUCGAUGAGUUUUAUCAUCUCUUGUUUCAUGGAACAUGUGUAUGUGGACAUUCUUUCAUUUUUGCAGAGAGGGAAGAUGUACAUGAAAAGAGAGCCCCAGACUGCUUUUUGAUGUAUUUUAAUAUUGUCUAACUGGGCUCGAAUUCUGCCUUUAUGGUAAAGACAUGAUAUAUCUGGAUGUGUAAGUUUCUGCUCUUAAUUCCCUGCCUUUGUGAGAGAGGUCACAGUCUGAAUGAUGGACAACCACAACAACAACACAAAAAAAGUCUGGGAAAACAGUGACCUGUAGAGCUCAACUUCUUAGAAUGCAACGUUUCACUGUCUUCUGGCCAGCUGUCCAGCCAGCCGCUUCUCCAGACGCAAAUUCCCAUGAAACCCUGUCUGGCCUUUUAACAUAUAUAUAUAUAUAUAUAUAUAUAUAUAUAUAUAUAUAUAUAUAUAUAUAUGCUGAAAUGCUACUAAGACUACAUUUUGUGUGCUUUCCAUCUCUGGAAAGCUGAACCAUUUCUGUGGGCUAUGUACGCACACACACACACACAUAUAUGUGUGUGUGUGUGUGUGUGUGUGUUUUACACAAACACACACACACACACACACACAGAUUUAUUUAACAUUCCCCAUGAAGGUUAGAAUUAUUAUUUUGCUGCUGAUGACCAUUCCUAGCAUACGUCACUCUGAUGUUGAGAUGUUGAGGAACUGGUAAAAAUGUCAUUUCUUUCGUAUAAACUAGAUAUUUUAUCUAUUCAUUAGGUGCAUUUUUUUGUAUUAUAUUGUGAAGAUAUGGUGUUUUAUGUGAAUUGCUUACAGUUUCAUCAUCCUGUCAGGUCUACCACUUCUUACAGACUGCUCCAGACAUUCUUACAAAGUGCCUAACCUUUUGACCUUUUGAAUAUAUUGUAGUAAUGAAGCGACCUCAGACUUUUUUAGCGUAUCAGGACGCAACAGAAAGGAGGACUGAAGAAGUUCUGGGUUUUGUGGAACUACAAGGUGUUAUGACUGCAGGCCUUAAUCAGGAAGCAAAAGAAACUGUAUCUUCAGAUUUUCUUUUAUUUAUUUAAUUUUUUUUUAAUGGAAAUGUCAGUAUGAUUAUGUUUUGUUUGUUUUCUUGUAAGUUUUUUUUUCUUCUUACAUUUGUAGUACUUUGUAAUGGGGAAGGGUGGGACAUCAAAAUCAAAUGCAAAAUAUUACUUAGGAUGAAAUAUAAAAAUCAAAGUAGUCAUAUAUUACUACUUUACACAACAUAACCACAAUUGCAUGUUUUUCAAAAUGACCAGGUUGAUGAUGGUGAUGUAUGUGUAAUUUUUUUGUUGAAGAUGCUCAACUGGGACAUCAUUGCUAGCUAUUGGCUUCACUUUUCAACCUUAUAUGAUGGUGUGUAAAGAUAGGAAAGACAGAAACUGCAGCAAAAAGCCACCUUUGUGAUGUAUAGCUUGAAAAUCAGAUACCCAGGUUUAUGUUAAGACCAUUUGAAAAAAUUUGUUGUACCACUCCAUAUAAUACCCCUCAUAUCCCAUCAGGGGUGGACAAAUUUUAAAUUCAUUACGUAUCACAGUGGACAAGUAAAAGCUCAAGUGUGCUGCCCAUUCUCAUGUUUUGUUUGCCCAGAAACUGUUAGUGGUAGCUAACAUGAUAUAAUAGCAUAUGGCAAGAUAGUUAGCUAGUUAAAGUGCAUUAAUACAGAGUAAGAGAAUUGAACGAGUUAUGUUCGAUUUCAUAACAAAUGAACGAUGAUAAUUAUUCUCGUCUAGCAACGUUUCUAUGGUAGCACAUUGUGUCUGCGCCAGAACACCUUGUUCCUGAUUCGGAAAAAUAUCUGCCAUCUGCCAGUGUUCCAUCUAAAUAUGCUAAUUAAUUUGACUAGUAAAAACCGUACCAUUGUACCGUCAUCCAGCUACCACCUCAGCUGUUGUGUGUAGUGCAGCAGGUAGUGAGAUUCAAAAUGAGUAGCUUUCGCUAUUGAUGCAGCACCAUGGUGUGUCACAGCAAUGUUUAAACAUAACUCCCAAACUACCAAACCGACUUUUUGUUUUGUGAAAGUCAAUAAGGAGUAGGGUUUAUUUUCGUUUUCUGGUUGUUGAACCUACUACGAAAAAAAAAAAAAAACUAGCCAGGACAGAUAAUCUGCUUGUCCCAUGAGCCUGGGUUAGUGAUUUUUCCACCCCUUGGCCUUCCACUCUACUGGCUCUAACUGACCUGCUGCCAGAUGUUCAGCUGUAUAUCCAGCUGCUGUAGCUUCUGAUGGCUGAGAACCAAACAGAGAACCUUUGCCGACUCUGCACAAAAGACAACACCCAGUAAUGGAAUAAUACUUUGUUUUGGUGGCUGGAACUAAAAAGGUGCAACUUAACAUGGCUCUCAGAGAUCAAAGCUAGCUGAUGAACUUCAUGAGGAAAAGAAAAUGUCCCACAAGUGUUUGAGCACCACUUUCCUUUGUAGCACUGCACACACACAACUUGGUGUCCAUUUAGCUGCUUAGCAUGCAGUAAGUACCAGGGGCUGGGGCUUUUAAUGCAUCAGCCAUUGAAAUGAUAGGAUUUUGAUUGAAAAUGAGUACUUUUGUUUAAAGUAGGGCUAUGCAACAAGAAGACACUUUUGAAAAAGAAAAAAAGGAAAAAAAAAAAAAAGAAACAUCAUUCAUUCUGUAGCUUUACCUGCUGGGAUGUCCAGAUUCAGCCUUCCGCAUGAUCGUGACCAAAUCUUUUCUAUAAAAAAAGGACUAAAAUGUAUGAAAAAUAUAUAUUUUAGAAUGCAUAAAGGCACAAUGAUUAAUGAAGCAGACAUCACUAACAUGUCUUAAAAAAAAAUCUGCAAUGUAUCUGCAUGCAUCAGAGUUACCCACUUUGAAAUUGUAAAAGCAGAGCGGGUGUUUUGAAUAGUGCAUAUUUUUAUAUGGCCACUCUUUAAUUGAAUGGUUGUGCUGAAACUGUUCAGAUGAAGUUGUCACCCUUUUCAUGCUGAAGUGUGAAAAACCUCUUUGCACUCCUGAUACGUCUGUUGUCCUUCAGCACGCUGCCACCGUGGCUUUAAUCCGUAGUCCAUAUUUAAUCCACUUCAUCCAUACCUGCAGUUUCAUCACUGUUAAAGACAAACUUUACAACCAUCCCGAAAUCUUUCACUGUUUGUUGCCAAACCUGAAAUUGCACCCCGUCCUUUCUGCACAUCUAGUUUAAUGUGGCUGUUCUCUUUUGGGAAUAAAGUAAUGUUUGCAUGGUCUGACGAUGUACGUGCAUGUUGAACUACGCAUUGUUUAUCUUCAUACUUUUUGAUACGAUGUAUUCUUUCUCGGUUCUGUUUUUAAAAUGACAUUUGAUAUAAAUUAAGGGGUUUGUUGAGGCAAAAAAAGAAAUAAAAAAGAAGUUUCUAUAUAAACUCAGUAUUGAAAAUUGUGCACAGCUCCUCCAGUGAGACAGAGCUGGAACAAACACCCUUUAUUUGGAUUCUACGUCUCACUUGUUUGUUGCCUGAUUUCUGUUCAAAUGGCCAGACUUUGAAUUCUGCAGUUGUUUCUACCUUAAUAUUUUGUAUGAAGCAAAGUCCUUGAAUUAAAAAAAAGAAACCAGA